ACUAAAAAUAACCAAUCAGAUCCGUAUUCAUUUCAUUGUUAUAUUAAUUGCUACACAAUUUAAGAAAAAUUUGGAAUAUCGGUAAUUGCCAGAAAUGUAAUAAGGAAAAAGCAAUGAAAAAAAGUUAUCAAUAUUUAAAAAAUCAAUGCGUAAGUUAUAGUUUAAUAUAAAGUGAAAAAAUUCAAUUGAAUAUUCGUACGUACACGACAUCUGUGUUGUACUUGAUCUAUGAUGUAUUGUAAAUGAUGGCUAGUAAUCGAAGAGCAAUUUUAAGUCUUUAUCGAAAUCUAAUUCGGGAAAGCAAAAAAUGGAAUUCGUACAAUUAUCGGAUGUACGCUUUACGUAAAAUUCAACAUGAAUUUAAACAAAACAAAACGAUACAGGAUAUAGAGAAGAUUAACGAAUGUUAUACUAAAGGACGAGAGAAUCUUGAAAUUAUUAAAAGACAAGCAACAAUAGGAAAUCUUUAUAGUACUAGGCCGUUAAUUAUUGAAACCAAAGCUGAUUCAAAUUGAGAAUAAAAAUUAACAUCAACCUUGGCAUGUACAAGUACGUUCACAAUAAGUAGAAGAAACAACAAUGCUUCGAAACUUAAAUAAUUAAAAAUUAAGCAAUGGAAUAUAACCGUAACUGUACACUAAUUAUAUUACAUUAAAUAUAGUGUUACGUCUAAGAUUUAUGUAUCAAUGUUAUAAAUAUAUUGACCUAUGUAUAAUGA